AUGGAAGGAGCGCUGGCCGCCCGGGACAAGGUCGGGGUGCAGGAUUUUGUGCUGCUGGAUGCACCCAGCGAAUCUGCUUUUCUGGACAACCUCCGCAAGCGUUUCAGCGAGAAUCUCAUCUAUACAUAUAUUGGGACCCUCCUUGUGUCUGUGAAUCCAUACCAGGAGCUGGGAAUCUAUACUCUGAGCCAGAUGGAACUUUACCAAGGGGUCAGCUUCUUUGAACUGCCACCACAUGUCUAUGCCAUAGCUGACAACGCUUACCGCAUGAUGUGCUCGGAGCUAAAUAACCACUUCAUCCUCAUUUCUGGAGAGAGCGGGGCAGGGAAAACAGAGGCCUCCAAGAAGAUCCUCCAGUAUUUUGCAGUGACCUGCCCGAUGACCGAGUCACUGCAGAGAGCCCGUGACCGACUGCUGUUCUCCAACCCAGUGUUGGAGGCUUUUGGAAAUGCCAAAACACUCCGGAAUGACAACUCCAGCAGAUUUGGAAAAUACAUGGACAUACAGUUUGACUUUAAGGGCAUUCCUGUAGGUGGGCAUAUCAUCAGUUACCUGAUAGAAAAGUCUCGAGUCGUCUAUCAGAAUCAGGGCGAGCGGAAUUUCCACAUCUUCUACCAGCUGCUGGAGGGUGGAGAAGAGGAGCUCCUUGCUUACCUGGGACUGGAGCGAGACCCCCAGCUGUAUAAAUACCUCUCACAGGGUCGCUGUGCCAAAGAGCCAUGUGUUAAUGACAAGAAUGACUGGAAAACUGUUUCCAAUGCCUUUUCUGUCAUCGAUUUUACUAAAGAUGAUCUUGAGAAUCUCUUUGGAAUUAUUGCCAGUGUCCUGCACCUGGGGAACAUUUGUUUUGAAGAGAACCAGCAAGGCUGUGCCUCUGUACCAGACACUCACGAGAUCAAAUGGAUCGCCAAGCUCCUAGGGGUCCACCCAUGGGUCCUUCUGGAAGCUCUCACCCAUAGAAAAAUUGAAGCCAAAACGGAGGAGGUGAUCUGCCCACUGACACUGGAGCUCUCUGCCUGUGCUAGAGACGCAAUGGCAAAGGCUGUUUAUGGGCGAACGUUUACUUGGCUCGUCAACAAAAUCAAUUCCUCCUUAGUGAACAAGGACUUUACUGGAAAAACUGUGAUUGGAUUGCUGGAUAUCUAUGGGUUUGAAGUCUUCGACAAGAAUGGUUUUGAACAGUUCUGUAUAAAUUACUGCAAUGAGAAACUCCAGCAACUAUUAAUUGAGAGAACCCUAAAAGCGGAACAGGCAGAAUAUGAAAUGGAAGGUAUAGAGUGGGAACCAAUUCAGUAUUUCAACAACAAGAUCAUCUGUGAUUUGGUAGAAGAGAGACACAAAGGAAUCAUUUCCAUUCUGGAUGAAGAAUGUAUUCGUCCUGGUCCUGCUACAGACUUGAGUUUCCUGGAGAGGUUGGAGGAGAAAGUGGGAAAGCACGCACACUUUGAAACCCGGAAGCUGGCGGGUCCAAAGGGCAGAAAGAAGAUUGGCUGGAUGGAGUUCCGGCUCUUCCACUACGCGGGAGAGGUCACAUACUGCACCAGGGGAUUCUUGGAAAAGAACAAUGAUCUCCUCUACAGACAUUUGAAAGAAGUGCUGUGCAGGUCCAAAAAUAGAAUACUGAAGGAAUGCUUCCUGGUGGCCGAGCUAGAAAACCGGAGAAGGGCACCAACGGUGGGGACUCAGUUUAAAAACAGCCUGAGCAGCCUUCUGGAAAUUCUCAUCUCCAAGGAACCUUCGUACAUCCGUUGCAUCAAGCCCAACGAGAGGAAAGAGCCCAGCAAGUUUGACAACUUCCUCAUAAGGCAUCAGGUCAAGUACCUGGGGCUGAUGGAGCACCUGCGGGUGAGACGGGCCGGCUUCGCCUACCGACGGAAGUACGAGUAUUUCUUGCAAAGGUAUAAGUCCUUGUGCCCCGACACCUGGCCGCACUGGCGCGGGCCUCCAGGAGAGGGCGUAGAGAGGCUGAUCAAGUACAUCGGCUACAAACCCGAGGAGUACAAGUUAGGGAGAACCAAAAUAUUCAUUCGCUUCCCCAGAACUCUGUUUGCUACUGAAGAUGCCUUUGAAUUUAGUAAACAUCAAUUAGUUGCGAGAAUCCAAGCCACGUACAAAGGCUGCCUAGAAAGGAGAGUGUACGUGAGAAAAAGACAAGCAGCCAUUAUACUCGAAGCCCACUGGCGUGGAGCCCUGGCUCGGAAGGAGGCCAAGAGGAGGAAGUGGGCGGUGCAGAUUGUAAGAAAGUUCAUAAAGGGGUUCAUCAAUCGGAACAAGCCCCUCUGUCCUGACAACGAGGAGUUCAUUGUGUUUGUGCGCAAGAAUUACAUCUUGAACCUCCGGUAUCAUGUCCCAAAGAACGUCUUGGACAAGAGCUGGCUGAGGCCUCCUGGCAUCUUGGAAACUGCAUCAGAUCUGCUCAGGAAGAUGUGCACCAGGAACCUGGUCCGGAAGUACUGCCGUGGGAUCACCACCGAGAGGAGAGCCCUGAUGCAGGAAAAGGUGGUCACGAGUGAAAUAUUCAGGGGAAAGAAAGAAGGCUACGCAGAAAGCUUAAAUCAACCCUUUGCCAACAGCCGAAUAGAUGAAGGAGACAUUAACCCCAGAGUGCUUCAACUCCUCAGCAGCGAGAAAAUCCAGGCAAGGAGCUGUUACGGCGUCCCGGUCAUUAAACACGACAGGAGAGGCUUCAAGAUGCGGCAGCGGCAGCUCAUCUUCACUCAGAAAGCAGCCUACGUGGUGGAAUCUGCCAAAAUCAAGCAGAAAAUAGAGUACCCCACCCUCAAAGGUGUCUCCACCAGCAGCCUCAGCGACGGGAUCUUAGUCAUUCAUGUUUUGCCAGCAGACAUCAAGCAAAAGGGGGAUGUCAUCUUACAGUGUGAACACGUAUUUGAAGCGGUUACUAAGCUCGCCAUGCUGGCUAAGAAGGAGAACCUCGUAAAUGUUGUUCAGGGAAGUUUACAGUUUUGCAUUAGUCCUGGAAAAGAAGGCACAAUAGUUUUUGACACUGGACCAGAGGAACAAAUCUAUAAAGAUAAAAACGGACAGCUGACAGUGGUGUCGGUCCGCAUGAAGUCCUGA